UCUCUUGAUGACGAAGCACCUAUCUGCUUGUUUGUUUAUGGGAUCCUGGAGACAAGUGUGAUACAAGGGAUUAAACAAUUAGAGAUGGAUGGUGAGAUUAAACUUACUGAUAACAUCAGCGAAGCACAUGCACUACUUGCCUUGCAGUCCAAGCUCAAGAAGAAUCCUCGAAUUCAAGCUGCCGCUAGAUCCCAUGGCAUACCGAUUUAUGUUACGAAGACAAGCUCAUUGAUGCAGUUGACGAAAGCCAUACGGGCAUUAAUAGCUGAUCAUGAAGAUGGUUUUAAGGAUUUUGAAUCGGAUGACAAGAUAAAUGCGCCUCAGAAGAUUGAAGCCUUGGAGGAGGCCAGGAUUGCCAUCGAGCAAGUAGUGAUUCCGAAAGGGGAACCUGUGGAGCUACUCCCUAGGCCAUCGAACAUUAUUUUGCUUCAGAAGGACCUCAUUCACAAGUACAAGUUACAAACAGAGAGAGUUGGAGCAGAGCCGGACGCACGACUUCGUAUCCUUCCAUAUCAAACUACAAGGGAUGAUGAAGACGAAGACGCCAGUGAGAGUAUUGAUGCUGAUAGGGAGUUUGAUGACUUGUUCAGUCUCAAUGGCGAAACAACUGGUCCGCCCUACGUUGUUGAUAGAUUGCCUCUCCUCCCCGACUAGGCACUAUAGUAUGUAUAGACUGGUUCUAUGAUGUCUCAGUAGUGUGUAGCAUCUUGUAAGGUCUGGCCAUCUCAAAUCUGUAUAGCAUUUUGUGGAAAAAUUUACUGCUACCAGAUUUUAGCUGCUAAUUGAAAAGAUCCAAACCUUUAAUGGUCUUAAAUUUAUUUUCCUUUUUGUUGUUGAAGUUUUUGAUCUUUUUGCAUUUUCAGUUAUGUAGCUGGUGAAGAUGUGGAAAAGAUAAAUUGAUCAUUUCACUUGAAA